AAACGUUCACCCGUUCACCACACACACAUACGCACACACACCACCAGGAAACCUAUUUCACAACAAAUGGAUAAGGCGAAACACUCCCGAGGCUAAGUAAGCUGCUAACAUUCAACUCCUCAUAUUGCAGUGAAAUGAGGGCAGCAUGGGGGCCAAAGAGUCGAGGAUAGGAUUCCUGUCGUAUGACGAGGCCGCGAAGAGAGUCACUGAUGUGGAAUUGAAACGUCUGAAGGAUGCCUUCAAGAGAACCAGCGGUGUCUCCUAUUACAUGACCCAACAGUGCUUCUACAGGGAAGUGCUGGGAGAUGGAGUUCCCCCGAAAGUUGCAGAGGUUAUUUACACCUCAUUUGGAGGCUCGUCUAAAGGGCUACACUUCAACAACCUGAUCGUUGGUCUGGUGCUUCUGACCAGAGGACGCGAUGAGGAGAAGGCGAAAUACCUCUUCAGCCUGUUUGCCAGUGAUCUGGGUGGAUAUGCUGCCAGAGAAGAUAUUGAAGCAGUUCUGCAAGUUUUGGAUGGAGAGAUUCCAACCUCCCUCAAGAAGUGCUUCAGUGAGGGUGACAAGGUGAACUAUGAGCGCUUCAAGAACUGGCUCCUGCAGAACAAAGAGGCCUUCACUUUGUCCAGAUGGCUUCUGUCUGGCGGAGUGUGUGUCACGCUCACCGAUGACAGUGACACGCCCACUUUCUACCAGACCCUGGCUGGCGUCACACACCUGGAAGAGUCAGACAUUAUAGACUUGGAGAAGCGCUACUGGCUCCUGAAAGCCCAGUCCAGAACUGGCCGCUUUGACUUGGAAACCUUUGUCCCGCUGGUGUCUCCUCCCAUCCAUGCCUCACUGAGUGAAGGCUUGUUUCAUGCCUUUGACGAGAAUCGGGACAAUCACAUCGACUUUAAAGAGAUCUCUUGUGGACUCUCUGCGUGCUGCAGAGGGCCGGUCGCUGAAAGGCAGAAAUUUUGCUUCAAAGUGUUUGAUGUGGACCGUGAUGGAGUUCUGUCUCGAGAUGAGCUCCAUGAAAUGGUGGUGGCCUUGCUGGAGGUGUGGAAGGACAAUCGCACAGACACACUCCCUGAGAUGCAUAGCAGUGUGUCCGACAUAGUAGAGGGCAUCCUGAAGAUACAUGACACGACCAAGCUGGGUCACCUGACCUUGGAGGACUACCAGAUAUGGAGUGUGAAGAGCGCAUUAGCCAAUGAGUUUCUAAACCUACUUUUCCAGGUCUGCCACAUAGUCUUGGGGCUCAGGCCUGCCACUCCUGAAGAGGAGGGGCAAAUUAUCAGGGGCUGGUUAGAAAGGGAGAGCAGACAUGGGCUGCGGCAGAGUCAGAACUGGUUCCUCAUCUCCAUGCUGUGGUGGCAGCAGUGGAAAGACUAUGUCAAAUACGGCAGUCCCUGCUGUUGUCUUCCUGUCCAGGAGCAUAAAGGCAUCGUGGUGGAGCAGCCAUCCAUCCUGAGCUCACUGCGGAGUCCGAUGGCCAUCGCCACCAUAGGGCCGGCCCCUCCUGACAGACUGGGAGGCCUGGGAACCUUCAGCCCCAUCAGCCCCACUGAGGAGAGGUCACCCAAUGCUGUGUCCAGUGCCUCAGAGGCUACAGAGACUGCUCUGAGCCCCCAGGUCUAUCCUUCUGCUACAGAGAGCUGUUUUGCUCGUCAGCACAACAUAUCGGACGACAACAAUCAGUGUUUUUCUGGAGCCAAUGGCCACCUCCCCUCCCAGCUGGCUGCACAAAGACCUGGAGCCAUCGAUAACCAACCUCUGGUCAACACAGACCCCAUGAAGGCCCCUACGCUAACCAUGGAGGGUGGCAGACUGAAGCGCUCCCUGCAGCUGGUGCCAGGUCGAGACUUUCAAAUUGUGCCAGAGCCAGUGUGGCGGGCGCUCUACCACUGGUAUGGUGCCAACCUCAGCCUUCCGCGACCGGUUAUCCUGGAGAGCAAGACAGGCCAACCAGAGCUGGAGCUCUUCCCACGCUACGUCCUCUUCCUCCGCCAGCAACCAGCAACGCGCUCCCCACAGUCCAACAUCUGGGUCAAUAUGGGUAUGACCAGCCUGCGAAUGUUCCCACCGUAUUUACCCCCACCAAGAGCAGGUUCUGUGCCAUCACCUAACGCUCCUCUGAAGAGGGUGUUGGCAUACACCGGCUGCUUCAGCCGAAUGGCCACGAUCAAGGACAUCCACUUCUACCUAUCCCAGAGACUUCGCAUCAAAGAGGAGGACAUGAGACUCUGGCUCUACAUUAGUGAGAACUACCUCACCCUCCUAGAUGAUGAAGAUCACACACUGGAGAGUCUGAAGGUCCACGAUGAGCAGCAGCUAGUUAUUGAAGUGAGGAACAAAGACAUGAGCUGGCCUGAGGAAAUGUCUUUCAUUGCCAACAGCAGUAAGAUGGACAGACACAAAGUUCCUACAGAGAAAGGAGCCACCGGUCUCAGUAACCUUGGCAACACCUGCUUCAUGAACUCCAGUAUCCAGUGUGUGAGCAACACCAAGCCUCUCACAGAGUACUUCAUCUCAGGGAAACACCUCUAUGAGCUCAACAGAACCAACCCCAUUGGGAUGCGAGGUCACAUGGCCAAGUGUUAUGGUGACCUGGUGAUGGAGCUGUGGAGUGGCACUCAGAAGAACGUGGCUCCGCUCAAACUCAGAUGGACGAUAGCAAAGUACGCCCCACGCUUCAACGGUUUCCAGCAGCAGGACUCUCAGGAGCUGCUGGCCUUCCUGUUGGACGGUCUCCAUGAAGAUCUAAACCGAGUCCAUGAGAAACCCUAUGUGGAGCUGAAGGACAGUGAUGGCCGGCCUGACUGGGAGGUGGCCUCUGAGGCAUGGGAGAACCACCUGCGCAGGAACCGUUCCAUUGUGGUGGACCUGUUCCACGGCCAACUCAAGUCCCAGGUGAAAUGUAAGACGUGCGGCCACAUCAGCGCUCGCUUUGACCCUUUCAACUUCCUGUCUCUGCCUUUGCCCAUGGACAGCUCCAUGCAUCUGGAGAUCACUGUCAUUAAGCUGGAUGGCUCCACACCUGUGCGCUAUGGCUUGAGGCUGAAUAUGGAUGAGAAGUACACAGGACUGAAGAAACAGCUGAGCGAACUAUGCAGUCUGAAGCCAGAGCAGAUCCUUCUGGCUGAGGUCCACAACUCCAACAUCAAGAACUUCCCUCAGGACAACCAGAAGGUUCGUCUGUCAGUAAACGGUUUCCUGUGUGCUUUUGAGGUCCCGGUGCCAGGUUCACCAACGUCACUGACCUCACCCACACUGACAGACGUCACUCCUGUAGCUAACGGCUCAGCUCCUAAUGGUCACCUGGACAAUAAGCCCUGCCUCAUUCCUAACGGUGGGCCCAGCAUGAUGGUUCCCUGCAGCUCAGAGAUAACUGUUGGCAGUGCGGUCACUAACGGACACAUCACACCAGUGCAGGAAAGCCCCUUUAUUGGAUACAUCAUCGCUAUGCACAGAAAGAUGAUGCGUACAGAGCUGUACUUCCUAUCAUCUCAGAAGAACCGGCCCAGUCUGUUCGGCAUGCCCCUCAUAGUUCCCUGCACUGUCCACACCAGUAAGAAAGACCUUUACGAUGCUGUGUGGAUCCAAGUGUCCCGACUGGCCAGCCCACUGCCCCCACAGGAAGCAAGCAACCACGCCCAGGACUGUGAUGACAGUAUGGGCUACCAGUAUCCCUUCACUCUACGGGUCGUGGGUAAAGAUGGCAAUUCGUGUGCCUGGUGUCCCUGGUACAGGUUCUGUCGAGGCUGUACAAUAGAAUGCUCAGAGGAUAGAGCUUCUGUUGGGAAUGCUUACAUAGCUGUGGACUGGGACCCCACUGCCCUGCACCUCCGCUACCAGACCUCCCAGGAGAGGAUCGUGGAGGAGCACUGCAGUGUGGAGCAGUCUCGUCGGGCCCAGGCUGAGCCCAUCAGUUUGGACAGCUGUCUGAAGGCCUUCACCAGUGAGGAGGAGCUGGGAGAGGACGAGCUCUACUAUUGUUCCAAGUGCAAGACCCAUCGACUGGCCACAAAGAAACUAGAUCUCUGGAGGCUGCCGCCCAUUCUGAUUGUCCACCUCAAGCGCUUCCAGUUCGUUAAUGGUCGCUGGAUCAAAUCCCAGAAGAUUGUCAAGUUCCCACGGGAGAACUUUGACCCCAGCGCCUUCCUGGCUCCCAGAGACCUAGAGCAGCACUGCCUGCACUCCCGCAGUGAGAGCGAGGAUCUGCUCAGGGUUGGAGAAGACAAUCUGUCCUCUAUCUCUGCCCCCGCUGGCUUCUGCAACCUCCCCAAAGCCUCCCCCGCCUCUAGCAGGAAGUCAGCACCUUCUCUCAGUCGGACCAGCAGCCCCUCCAGUAGCCCAAAGAGCAACAGCGGUGGCCGUAGGCCCGGCCGGCUACGUCUGCCUCAGCUGGGCAGCAGACACCGCCUCUCUAACAGCAAAGAGAGCCUGGAUGGAGCUACUAAUCCUGAGGCUGAGCCACGGGAGAGUGCACCAACGGUGGACACAGAGGGGGGGAGCACAUUAGCAGGGGUGACGGGCCUUACUGGUUCAGGAGAGGCCAACAUGUCUGAGUCACUGUGCAGCACGGAGGCGUCAAGCAGCCACUGUGAUGUGGUCCUGGUGAACGGUGACAGCAACGGGCUGAGCUCAGACUGCAGCACUGAGAGCUGCAUGGAUCCUGACAACACGCUGCUACAGCACAGAGACAACAUGUGUCUGGAGGCCGUCUACAACCUCUAUGCAAUAUCAUGUCAUUCAGGAAUCAUGGGAGGAGGCCACUAUGUGACAUAUGCCAAAAACCCCAAUGAGAAGUGGUACUGUUACAAUGACAGCAGCUGUAAGGAAAUGCACUCUGAGGAGGUCGACUCUGACUCUGCCUACAUCCUGUUCUACGAGCAGCAAGGUGUGAACUACUCCCAGUUCCUGCCCAAGAUCGACGGCAAGAAGAUGGCUGACACUAGUAGCAUGGACGAAGACUUUGAGUCUGACUACAAGAAAUACUGUGUCCUGCAGUGAUGGCACCAUAGUCUUCCGUCAGCCAGCACUACACCUGCUCUGUGCUGCCCCCUGCUGCUCUGAGCAGGAAGCAGUCUGAGGAACAAUGCCUGGAGUCAGACUGAGCUCUCUGCGUUUAGGGAUGCGUCGCAGCACUUUCUACACUUGAUCACAAACAUGGAUUAGUGCAAAGGUUUACCAAGGUGACAGUGAAGCCCCGGUGAAAGCACUAAACUGGUGCACUUUGCUCCUCCUCCACCUCCUCCCCCUCCUCCUCAUGUGAACAACCCUAGCCAUAACAUACAUGUAACACAAACUUGCAUACUAACACAUCUCUGAAUGUAUGCCUAUGUGGCCAAGUGACAAAGACGUGAGGACCUGAGUGACCAGAGCCCAGAUAUUUUAAGUGAAGAAGGAAAAUUACAAGGCCAUUUAAAGAAUUCCUCUCGUAACUGCGAGGCCAACAAUUGGACACAGUUUUAAUGCCAAGUUUGAACGAGGUCCAAAGCUUCAAAACCCUACUGUGAUGAUGUCAUAUUUGAUGCCACAAAGUCAAAGUCAUGUUAAAAAGUUGAUGUCACAUAGACUUUAAAAAGAGAUAAAUUAUGAGUCGUAGGCUACCUCAUAGCGUCUUGCAGCCUGUCAGCCAACUGCUCCCUAAACACCUGUGACAGUAUUAAUAAUAAUAUGUAAAUGCUUCCUUUUUUAUACGUGGUACAACACAAACCCAACCCAAACAUCAACACCACCCUCUAAGGAUGCUCGCGCACGUCCUGAUGAAAUUAGGUUUGAGCCGUCAGCUGCCAAAUGUCCACGGUGUCAGUGUCCAUAACCUCUCUGCACUCUCUCAGAUCAGGAUUCUUACGAGCAUUUGUGGUUUGCUAUUUUUCUUUUAUUACUGCACAUGCAUUCUUUUUUAAAAAUGAUUUAUUUUAAGGUUUGGGUCAGGCUCAUCUUCACUUCAACCGCUGCAUUUCUCAACUGUUGAGAUUCGAACUCAUGUCAAGUCAGAGGUUACUGCUUUCCACAAUAAGAAAUCAUUUAAAUUAACUGAGAUUGUAUGACACCACUGAACCCAAAUAUUUGUAGCAAGAUCAACCAAAACUGCUCCCUUUUUUUUAUUAGAUUUCAUACAUUCGAAUUUCCAGUCAAUACCUGGCUUCUACAAUACCCACAAUGCAAGUUUACUGCCGACACUUUACGCCUGGACGUUUGUCUUUUUAAAAUCAGGAGAGAUCCGGUUUUAAAUCCAAGACCCCUUACACAAAAAACUGUAUUCUUCAGCCAAAUGAGUGUAUAAAGGAAGAAAACAGCGUACAGUACAAGUGUUGUAAACACACUGAUGUGUGAAGUCGGUGGUUUCAAGCAUGUUUCACUUACUUGUGGGUGUGGUCACUUGUAGCACCUCCAUUCACCCUCGGGUUCUUGGGGUAAACCUGUGUAGACCUGUAGCACGUUACCAAGACCAAACACUGACAGUCAAACAACAACAACAACGUUUCAAACCACUGACAGAACAAACCGGCAUAAAAUGCUUGACUUGAUUUCCCGUGUCCUCCUCUUUGCCCCGAAAAAAACGACCGUUUCAUUUCAGUGUCAAAACGUAGUUUCAUUACUAACGGGGAAGUUGUGCUGUGACGCAGUAUUUGAAUUCCUCAGAUAUUGUGUAUGACGUUAUUGUUUAUACUUCGUGCACAACAUUGAAUGUUUCAAAAAUGUGCGUUUAGUCACAACUUUCUCUUACCUUCAGUAUUUUUACUUGACAUAUCGUCUGUAUUCCUGAGUAAAAACAGUUUAAUUUUGUUUAUUUCUUUCAUCACAAAGUAACUCCACACACACACACACACACACACACACACACUGUUUGUGCGCGGGCCUUCCAGUGGGUAAAUCUGGCCCUGACGGGUCCUAUGGACCCAAUCCUGUCAAAGUCUGUUUAGGACUUCUCUUCUCUGUAAUAUGAUAUAUAUGUGUGUGUGUGUGUGUGUGUGUGUAAAGUCAUUUCAAGGUUCCUACAUAGAAACAAACAAACAAAGGUGAUGUGGUACUAAUUACAGGAGAAGCUGUGACCGACUGUGUUCACUUAUAUUUUUAGUAAGGUCAUUUAAAAUAACCCCUAUUUUGACAAGCGACAAGUAAUACAUUUCAGGUUGUAUGGUAAAUCCAUAUAGUAAUUCAAAUAUUUCUUUCUGCAAGAGUGAUUUAAGACAUUUCACACCAUUACUGUGCUUCUCUAUGAAUAUAACAUAUGGUUUAAGUUUGCCGUUUGUUUCUUCUUUAAAAAAAAUAACAACCAAAGUCUGUUGAAUGUGUUGAAGUGAAGCAUGUGUCAGGACUGUAGUUAACUCUGUAAACACUUCUCUACAUCACUGGACCCGUCAUUUCAAUUGUUCUUUUUUUUUUCUUUGUGCUAAAUCUAAAAAAAACAAAAACUUUUGCUCUUCUUGUCUGAAGGUUUGUCGCUGACUGUUGAGGUUAGUUUAAGACGAACGAACCCGCGUUCUGCUGUGUGUGUGUGUGUGUGGGACUGUGAUCACUGUGACUCCCCCGUCGCUCUCCUCUUAGUCUUUUUUAGAUCACAGGAGCUGAAUCUCUGUGUCCACCCCUUUUUAGCUGCUGUUUCUUUUCUUUGGAGAAGGUGGUGUCAUUACGGGGGAGAUAUCUGUCGCUGAAUGAAACCGUCUUUUCCUUUGCAGAGUGUGUGUUUGUUGAACAAAAGAAGAGAAUGUACAUACGUGUGCUUAUGUAUACAGUAUAUAUGUUUGUGUGUGAGCCUGUUUCUCUCCAUCCUUUGCACCGAGCCGUAGACGACGUCCAGUUUGUGUCCGUGUUUGUCAUCACAUGCCUCAAAGGGAACAUUUUUACUAAAGAUUUGUCUCUUGACUACUCGAUUGGAAGUUGCUUCUUUUUAAAGGUGCAAUAGCUGUCAUUUUCUUUCGUCCGUCUUUGGCCCUCACGACUUUCAUAAUCCAGGAACAAAGAUUUUUCUGCCCUACGAAAGUGAACUGUGCAAACGCUGGUCCUGUAAAACACGGGGCUAUCAUCCGAAGCCCCUCCUGCCCUUGUAAGCCCCGCCUCCAUUGUCCCUACCCACCAAAAGACUGAUUCCUCGUCACAGACAGUGCAAUCUACUACUGAGCUGUCUGUAGCCUCUUUCUUUUUAUUUAAGUUCAUUUCUGUCGGAUCAGAACCACACGUGUUAAUUUAAAAGAACUUUUUUUUUCUUUUUUUUUUAAAGGUGUUUGUUUGAAAGAAAGUGAGUUGCACUGACAUGAAAAACGUGUACAUAAAAUGUGUUUUGUAAAUAAGCCAAUGAAAAGUAUGUAUUUGAAUAUGAACUGUACAAAAAUGCUGUACUUGUAGUUGUAUAUGGAGUGAUACUGUUGAUCUGUAACAAAGUACCCAACCAACAAAUUAAAUUCUGCAGAGGAAACAAUGA